CAGCUCGUGCACUCUUCUCUCCGGUGUCAGUUGGUGUAGUGUGAUCAAAGCUGAGUUAGACUGAAGAUGGCUGCAGGCAAGGCACAUAUUGGAAAGCUGGCCCCAGACUUCACAGCCAAGGCGGUGAUGCCAGAUGGACAAUUCCACGACCUGAAGCUGUCAGACUACAGAGGAAAAUAUGUCGUCUUUUUCUUCUAUCCACUGGAUUUCACCUUUGUGUGUCCAACGGAGAUCAUCGCUUUCAGUGAUGCUGCUGAAGACUUCAGGAAGAUUGGCUGUGAGGUCAUCGCCGCCUCCGUCGACUCACACUUCUCCCAUUUUGCAUGGACCAACACACCAAGAAAGCAGGGCGGUCUGGGUGCCAUGAAGAUUCCCCUGGUGUCUGACACACGACGCACCAUCUCCACAGAUUAUGGUGUCCUAAAGGAGGAUGAGGGCAUUGCCUACAGGGGUCUGUUCAUCAUUGAUGACAAGGGCAUCCUGAGACAGAUCACCAUCAACGACCUCCCAGUUGGACGCUCUGUUGACGAGAUCAUGCGUUUGGUCCAAGCUUUUCAGUUCACUGAUAAGCAUGGAGAAGUCUGCCCAGCCGGCUGGAAACCAGGAAGUGACACCAUCAAACCUGACGUCCAGAAGAGCAAAGACUUCUUCUCCAAGCAGUAAUAAGCCCCGAGUCUGCAGCCUGCUGUAGGAGAUUUCAUUUAGAGAUUACAUUUCCAGAGAACAAUAUUUAAGUCAGCCACUGUGCCUGUGGAGGAGACGGUUUUUGUAGUCACCAUGUUGUGUGUAAUGUUGUCUGUAGAGUGAAUAGUGCACUUAUGACCAAAGUAUAUACUUACGUAAUUAUGUUGUGGUGAUGUAUGCUAUUUUCACUGUCGGACUGAGCUCAACGUCUGUGCGUUCUUUUAUGUCAUUCCUUACCACUGUUAGAUGCAAAGGACCAUAGAAACAUUUUUAUUGGAAUGAAGCCACAAGCACCUCCCUAAAUUAUGUUGUACUUUUUUUUUUUUUUUUUACAGUGAACAACUCAUGGCAUUUAAUCUAAAUAAAGAAUACAGUUUAUAAUU